CGUCUGGCAUCUGAGGAUUAUUCUAUAGAAUCUCUCUCUCUCUCUCUCUCUCUCUCUCUCUCUGUAUAAAUUUUCUCUCUCUAAAAGCUAUUCAUGAUUUGAGUAUAUGAGUUGAACACCCCUUCCCUCUUCAUUGACACCGUCUCUCUCUCUGACUUUUUGUUAUUUGAUCAAUUUCUCUCUCUCUCUCUCUCUCUAUAUAUAUAUAUAUAUAUCAACAUGACUGCAGCCGUGGAGAUCUACGGUCAGCAGCGAACCAACGACCAAUCGAUCCAAGAACAGAAGGAAAUGCAGAGUAUAGGGGAGGGUAAACAAGUGGCUUGUGAGAAUCAUCAUGGAAUUUGUGCCAUCUGUUUGAAUAAGAUAGUUCUUCAAGAAACUGCACUUGUAAAAGGUUGCGAGCACGCCUACUGUGUGACAUGCAUUCUUCGAUGGGCCACAUACAGAGAGAAGCCAACAUGCCCUCAGUGUAAACAUCCGUUUGAGUUCCUCAAUGUCCAUUGCUCAUUGGAUGGCAGCAUCCAUGAUUAUAUGCAUGAGGAGAGUGUGUGCUUGCUUCUUAGAGCCUCAUGGUUUAAGCCCUUGAUUGUGGAGGAACAGGAAGAGGUGGAUGAUGAAGUGGAUUAUUAUUAUCAAUAUGAGGACGAUGAAGAUGAUGAUUUGGAUGAAGUUUACUUGAGCCAUUCAUCAAGUCUUCGCAUUGGCAACCGGAGAUGGGGGGAUAAUGGAUAUGUCAGGGCAGGAAGACAGGAAGCAAGGCCAGUCCCAGUCUAUCAACCCAACACACAAAAUUCAAGUGCUGGUCCAUCGCGUGUGCCUAAGAAGAAAGAAACAGUUGUGAAAGAUCCGGUUGGGCGAAGGGCGAAGAGGGCACUGAAGCGUGAAGCUGCUGACAAGGCAGCUGCUGCAAAACAUGAGCAGCACUUGGUGAGGUUGGGUCGGAAGUGAAAUUCCAUGUUAGUCCUUGAAAGCCAGACCCGGACUUCACUUUCCUCUGUACAUUAUUUACUUGCUUCUGUGUUUGUUGUAUAAUAAUGAUGUGGUAGUUCGUUGGAAUCUUGGUUGUAAAAUGGUCUGAAUCGCCGCCCAACUGUAUCUCUCAAGAUUUACCUAUUUGAUUAUUGAACUGUGUUCAAAAUCACAAUUCUUUGUAAUUUCUUAGUGUUGUACAUUUUUAUUUCUUGUAGUGUUGUAUGUAUUGAUCAAUGUUGGAAACU